CUGAUAGCCGACGCUGGUAUACUAGUUAAUAGCUGCUUCACACACGGCGGAGUUAUAGCAGUCACCCUCACCAUGCGAGUCUUACUUCUAUUAUUUUUGCUGGCACCUCUUGUAGUUUUUUGCAGACAUCCGAACCGCCGAGACCAGAGAAUUCCAGAAGCGAGGCAGAAACGACGUCAUAACCCUCAAUUUCCAGAUUUGCUCAAGGUGCUAACGGAGAAUUAUUCCGCUCUAGGCGAACUUUUAAGUGCGACGUUGGAAGGGAUUAUGAAUCCGAAACCUGAGGCGAAAGUACUGUUGACAAGGAGCGAUCCUUCACUAAAUUCGUCAGUUUAUGAAGCUAUCGAUCCUUCGCUAAAGUCGUUUAUUGAAGCUAUGGAGAAGUUGACGAAAAACGAUCCUUCACUAAAUUCAUUUAAUAAAGCUAUGGAAAAGUUGAAGAAAGACGAUCCUUCACUAAAGACAUUUAUUGAAGCUAUGGAAAAGUUGCAGAAAUUUCAGAUGGAAACGUCGCCGUCGAAGAAAGACGAUCCUCGAAUACAGAUAUUCUAUAACCCUAGCUACAGGUCCGGCCAGCAUAAAUGAAUAUCAAGCCUAAAAUGCACCACUUUCCCAAGGCUUUAUAGUCGAAGUAGUAAAUAAAUAAAAAUUAAAAUAAUAAAAAGGAUGAAUAUAAUAAAAAA